AUGCUCGGCUCAGAGUUUCUGGACUAUGUGUCAAAACUGCAAGUCGCCACGUAUGUGGGCGUGGAGGACUUUGCGGACAAAUUCAACUUCCUCAUCACGGUGCUGGUCUUUCUGUUGUGCACUACCGUUGUGACUGUGAAACAGUACAUGCUGAAGCCGAUCUCCUGUUAUAUCGCCACGGAGGUGGGUGGACGCAACCUGCUGGAUUAUGUGGAAAACUAUUGUUGGGUGCAGGGAACAAUACCCAUUUCCUACUCUGGAAAUGUGCCCGAAACCGAGGAGCAGUGGGCCAAACUGGAAAGUCAAAAACUGCGUGAGUUAAAAUUCCUUGUUGGCCGUUGUUGUCUUUUUAUUUGA